AUGGCUAACACCAGCAAUAAUGCCGCUGGAGUAGAUAAUACUUUCAGAAGGAAAUUCGAUCGAGAAGAGUUCUUGGAGCGAGCUCGUGAGCGUGAAAGACAGGAGGAGGAGGGGCCGCAUAAAUCCAAAUCUAAAGGCCCGCCGGUGCAAAGGAAGCCAUUGAAGCACAGAGAUUAUGAAGUAGAUCUCGAGUCUCGCUUGGGGAAAACACAGGUUGUUACUCCAAUAGCACCUUUAAGCCAGCAGGCUGGAUACUUCUGUUCAGUUUGUGAGUGUGUUGUAAAAGAUUCUGCAAACUACUUGGAUCAUAUCAAUGGCAAGAAACAUCAAAGAGCUUUGGGUAUGUCUAUGCGGGUAGAGCGGGCAUCUCUCCAACAGGUUCAGGAGCGAUUUGAAAAGCUCAAGAAGCGGAAAACUGAUGGCACUUUCACAGAGCAAGAUCUUGAUGAGCGGAUCUUGAAGCAGCAGCAAGAAGAGGAGGAGCGGAAGCGCCAGCGUCGAGAAAGGAAGAAAGAGAAGAAGAAAGAGAAGGUAGUAGAAGAGGAAACUGAAAUGGAUCCUGACGUUGCAGCUAUGAUGGGAUUUGGUGGAUUCGGUUCAACCAAGAAGUGA